AUGCCUGGAAUUUGGCCGAGAGAUGAUCACGCCGGGCAUCUGGCCGGUGACCUCUUCUUUGUGGCAUUAAACCCAGAUCUUCAUGCCUGGCACCUGGCCGGUGGAAAUUUGAUGAAAGCGCAAAAGAGAGAUAAUCAUGCCGACCUCUUUUUUGUGGCAUAA